UUUUUAAAAGGAACGCAGACUUCAUGGAGCAAAGGUUUUCACCUUUGUGCAUCUGAGUGUUCAAGAGUUCUUCGCUGCAGUCCACGUGUUUCUCUGUUAUCUGAACAAGAACAUACAAGAGCUUCAGUUUUUCUUUGAUGGGCCAGAAGAAAAUGUCACAUUAGAGAAGUUACUACAGAAGGCCAUUGAAAAAGCCAUGAAGAGUCAGAGAGGACAUCUGGAUCUGUUCCUGCGGUUUCUGUUGGGCAUUUCACUGAAAUCCAGUCAAAUCCUGCUUAAGGGCCUGAUCACACACACUGAAGACACUACAGAGAGCAUCAUGAGAAUAAGUGAAUACAUUAAACAAAAACACAACAAGUACAAUAUCUCAGAUGAAGCUUCAGUCAACCUGUUCUACUGCUUACUUGAGCUCAAAGAUCAUUCAUUAUAUGAGGAAAUUCAGAGUUACAUUAGUUCAAAUGAACAUCCAGGAAGAUACCUCUCAUCUUCAAUGUGCACAGUCCUGACUUAUGUAUUGCUGAUGUCAGAGAAGGUGCUGGACGAGUUCAACCCGAAGAGGUUCACAUCAAAACAAGCAGACUACAAGAGACUCAUUCCAGCUGUGAGAUGCUGCAGAAAAGCCCUAUUUGACGGCUGUGGUCUUGAUGAAACAUGCUGUGAAACUGUUUCUUCAGCUCUACAAUCACCUAAAUCUCAUCUAACAGAGCUGGACCUGAGCAGCAAUCACCUGCAGGAUUCAGGAGUGAAGCUGCUUUCUGAUGGACUGAAGAGUUCACACUGUCAUCUGAACAUACUGAGGCUGUGUGGCUGUAAUGUCACUUUUCAUUCCUGUGAAAGUUUGUCCUUAGCCCUACAAUCCUUAAACUGUGUCCUGAGUGAGCUGGACCUGAGUAACAAUGACCUGCAGGAUUCAGGAGUGAUGCUGCUUUCUGAAGGACUGAAGAGUCCAAACUCAAAGCUGGAGAUUUUAAGAUUUUGCAUAUGUAAUCUCACUGCACAGUCUUGUGGGAGUUUAUCGUCAGUUUUACAAUCCUCAAACUCUGUUCUGAGAGAACUCGACCUGAGUAACAAUGACCUACAGGAUUCAGGAGUAAAGCUUCUUUCUGAAGGACUGAAGAGUCCAAACUCCAAGCUGGAGACACUGAGGUUGUCUGGCUGUAUGCUGACAGAGAAAGGCUGUGGUUAUGUGUCUUUAGCUCUGACUUCAAACCCCUCACACCUGAGAGAGCUGGAUCUAAGCUACAAUCAUCCUGGAGAUUCAGGAGUGAAGCUGCUCUCUGAAAAACUGGAGGAUCCAAACUGCUCUCUGAACAAAUACAAUGUGGACCAUGGAGGAGAAUCCAGGAUUACAGCAGGACUGAAGAAAUAUGAGUGUUUUUUCACACUGGAUCCAAACACAGCACACACUAAACUCAGUCUGUCUGAGGAGAACAGAGAGGUGACAGGUGUGUCUCAGUCUCAGUCGUAUCCUGAUCAUCCAGACAGAUUUGAUUGUGUGCCUCAGGUGUUGUGUAGAGAGAGUGUGUGUGGACGCUGUUACUGGGAGACCGAGUGGAGCAGAGAUACUGUGUCUGUAUCAGUGUUAUAUAAGAACAUCAGCAGGAAGGGAGAGGGUGCAGAGUGUGUGUUUGGACGUAAUGAUCAGUCCUGGAGUUUGCGCUGCACUCCUCACAGAUACUCAUUCAGACACAAUAACAUAAUGACUGAUCUCUCUGUGAAGCCCAUCAGCAUCAGCAGAAGAACAGGAGUGUAUGAUGAUAUCUAUAAAGUAGGGGUGUAUGUGGAUGAGAGCGCAGGAACUCUGUCCUUCUACAACAUCUCUGACACAAUGACACAUUUACACACAGUCCAGACCACAUUCACUCAGACCCUCUGUCCUGGGUUUUAUCUUUAUUAUUCUGGCUCAUCAGUGAAACUGUGUCGAUGAAUCAGAAGAGACUGAGCAGAGUUGUAGGGAAUCGGUGUGAAUUAGACAAUCAGGGUCGAGUUCCACAAAGAGGCUUGCAACAUUAACACAAACAUUUCAAUUCAGGAAGAAGAUUUUCACUUUUAGGCCAAGUAACCAAGAUUCAUGGUCAAAAACACAGCACAUCAUCAACAUAACAUGGGUAAAAUAAUAAAAAAGAAUCUGUUGGAUGCAUCUCCAUCCCCCCACUCAGAACACAGAACUUUUAACCUUUGGUUUGCACAGAACUAAUUUUGUUUUCAUCCACAUGCAUGCUCAAAAUCAUCUUAAAAAGACUUUAAUCACUUAUAUGCAUAACUGCAUAUUAUAUGUAACCCACAUGUUUAACUAUCACAUGCUAAUCGCUAAUUGUUAAUGUAUUUGGA